AGUUGUCAGAAACGAAAUAUUUUGAGGCGGGGCUUGAGUUGAUGCUUCAUAUAUUCAUGCCUCUGCACACUGUCGGUGUCAGUGUUUGACUUCGGUGCGACUUACAAGUCUUACUCUUUAGAGAAAGUAAUCCAGCGAAAUCCAUAUUCAUCAAAAUAUUUGAACAACCAGCCCGAUGAUGCAACUGACAAUAAGACUCCUGAGCGGACAAGUGAAGCAUCUGGAAGUGAGCGGUGAUGCCACAGUCGGCGAACUCAAGGAGCUCAUUUGUCAGCUCGUCGGAGAGCCUUCUUACAAACAGAGACUCUCCGCCGAUAACGGUUCCCGUAUCAGCCUUGAGGAUGACUCCAGGACCCUCAGCAGUUACGGGUUGCACUCCGGAUCAGUGGUGAGUCUGCUCAUCACGAACGCGCCUUGCCAAGUGUUCGUCAGGAAUGAGAAGGGCCAGACGGGAACUUAUGAUGUUGAUAUCAAUAAUGAGACCGUGGAUCAGCUCCAGACUAAGAUCUACAACAAAGAAAGAGUCCCCGUGGAUCAGCAGAGACUGAUUUACAAAGAAAAACAGCUGGAGUCUGGCAGGAAGUUCCAAGACUACGACAUCACAGCAAGAAGCACUAUUGACAUGACUCUCCGUCUACGAGGAGGUUGAUCGAUUAAAUGCGUGCAAAAAGGACUAAAACGUGUUAAGUGAUGUAAAUACGAUAGACCUAUUACUUGGUGUAAGAAUGGUUUAAUUACUUUUUUGUGAAUGAUAAAACGUCUUGAUUGUGAAACAAACAUCAUAAUUGUUUAUCAUGGGGGAGCUCAGGUAAUUCCAUUGUAUUUAUCUGCACUUUAUAUAAGUGUAUAUUUUAUUGUUAUGAAUGGUCUUUCACUGUGACUAAAAUAAUAAAUGCU